UAAAUAACUGAAGACAUUUACCAACACAAUGACGUGAAAAAACGAAUUUCCCUAAAACUGGUCUAAUUUAAAAAAUCCAAAAUCAUCGUGACACAGAUGCUUAUCUUAUAUCCUACAUUAUUUACGAGCAUACAUUACACAGCACACUCAAUACCUGCUACUUAUUUAAUGUUCAAUAAAUCCACUUAACCGAUGAAACAACAGUUUUUCUAUCCAUCAGACCCGUUAUCACACAAACCCAUCAGAAAUUACCCUGUUCAUAAAUAAUGUAACGCUACCAUCCAUUCUUCAAUCUGAUGAUUACUUCUCAGUACGUAACCCGACACGCUUCAUUGUACACACUAUCUCAAAUGGUGAGCGUCAAAGAAAUGAGCAUAGUCACAACACCUCAAGAAACCCUCCUCAAAAUCUACUCUUCUCUCCGUCCUAUCUAUGCAGUCUGCAAAGCCAUCGGUCUCAACACAGUCAAUAUCACAGAAAACGGAAAUCUGAAACCAGAGAAAUGUUCCCUGUACUUGAAUUUUGGUUUCUAUGUCACUAUGUACAGCCUUGUCACGAUUUACACACUCUUCAGCAUUCUUUCAACAAACAAAAGUUUUGUUAUCGCCAAUAAGUACAUUUUCUUCACCGAGUGCUGCGUGAUGACCACCCUCAUGCUAGUAGUUGUGAUUUUCACUUUCCUCUUCAGGAAGGUACAAACCAAAGCAUUUGAUUUGUUGUCACACAUCGACGUCUGCUUCACCAAAAACGGGUUUUCGCUCCCCUACAAAGACCUCCAAAGAACCAACUACAUAAUUUUGAGCAUGAUUGGGGUUUCUUUGCUCCUGCGACUAUCCCUCUUGUUGCUGACCAUGCACGUGGAUUUCAUCCAACAAACUGCUUUACUGUUUUCAGCCACCAUUAAGACGUUCUCAAAGUACCAGUUCGUGGUGUUUGUUCUACAGCUACAAGCACGUUUUACCAAAAUCAACUCCAUCAUACGGUCUUUUUACAAAGACUCCAGGCUGACCAAGCUUGUGUUGAACCCGGCGGUUCGUUCCAUUCCAGAACGGCUGUACACUUUGUGCCGCCUACACUAUAAACUGGCAAGUGUUUUGCAGAAAAUUAACGCCGCUUUUGCCGUCCAGCUGCUGGUGUCAAUCGCGGUGUCGCUUUUUGACGUGCUUUUCCAAUCGUACUAUUUGUACUAUGUUGCAACUGGUAAAGCUACUGUUGCGUCAGUGUUCAUGGUAAUGAACCCGCUGGUGUGGUUACUGGAUGAAACCAUCGAGGUUUAUUGGUUGGUUUAUGCGUGCUCAAGCACGUGUGACCAGGCGAAUGAAACUCCCACUAAUUUGCACGAGUUGAGGAAUAAUUAUUUCGAGAUGGAUAUUGAAACUCACGUGCAAACUUACUCAUUGCAAAUGUUGCAUCAGAAGGUUCAGUUUUCAGUUUUGGGUUUCUUUGUUGUGGAUUAUACGCUUAUUUAUUCGAUUGUCGGUGCUGUUACGACCUACUUGGUCAUCUUCAUUCAGUUCGAUCAGUCGUCGAGCGUAGACAAUAGUUCGGAUGGUCUAAACAACAGCACUUUGGGGUUAACUGAAACCAUCUGCGGCAACGAGUAGAAAAUGCAACAUUUUGAGAAGCGCUGAUGAUAAUAUUACUUAAAGUAGCGGUCAU